AUGUCCACUUCCACAUCGUCGUCUUUCUCAUUCAUCUCCUCACUACGGCCAAUUCCCGACCAGUGUCCUCCUGGGACGUGCGCCCUUUUGUCGGAAUUUCGGAAUAUAGAGCAAAACAUGGCCUCAAUCGAUCUGCUCAGCAGCUUGCCGGAUGAUGUCAUAUUCCACAUUCUCUCUUUUCUCCCGACAAAGCUCUCAAUGGCGACCAGUGUUCUCGGAAAAAGAUGGAGGCUUCUAUGGGCCUAUGUACCCUCUCUCCAUUUCAGUGGAAGAGACGAUUUCAGGAAAGAAGGAACACGAUUCUCGUACUAUUUCAGACCAGAAGAAACACGAGCCUCAGACAUCAUCCACAGGGUUAUAUUGCGGCACAAGACAAAAAGAAUUGAUUAUUUAACACUCUAUCGCAUCAAAUGCAGCGAGUAUCAACUGGAGACAUUGAUUACAACCGCCAUAGACCGUAAUAUCCGGGAUCUUUAUCUUGAACUUGAAUUCGAUACAAUCCCUCGAUCUCUCUUCAACUACAAAACCAUAGUCGACUUGACACUUCGUAUCAGUACAUUGUCACUUUCGGCUGUGGACAAUGUCUCUCUGCCUAGCCUUAAGAAGUUUCGUGUUUCUUCUAAUGUUGUGUGUGAGAAUGAUGAUGCCCUCCCUCACUUUCUUUUCGGCUGUCCGUCGCUCGAGGAAUUGAAUAUGGCAAUCAUGUUUGAUUAUGAUUAUGUGGGCUGCAUAAAUGUAUCAUCACCCACAAUAAAGACUCUUAAGCUCUAUGUUAGCUAUGAGUUUGAUCCGGCUAUACCUGAAUGUAGGAUGAUAAUAAAUGCCCCGGCACUUAGGUAUCUCCGAGUGGAUGAGUAUGCCUUGGAGUGUAUAACAAUUCCUAUAACCAUGAUCUCCUUAGUUGAUGCAGAUAUCUGCUUACUAAAUUAUUCCUUGUUAGAUCUCAAAACAAAUUACAAUUCCACGGUGAAGUUUCUUCAUUCUCUGUGUUAUGCAAAGUGCCUGAAGAUAUCAGACAUGGCCAUUUGGCGGGCCGGCCAGGACAUUGCCCAGUUCGGCGGGUCGUCGGGCCUGAAAACAUGGCCUCAAUCUAUCUGCUCAGCAGAUUGCCGAACGACUGCAGAUGAUUUCGAUUUCGAUUACGAUUUCGAAGAAGGAUUACAAGCCUCGAACAUCAUCCACAUGGUUAUAUUGCAGCACAAGGCAAAAAGAAUGGAUACUUUGACACUCUAUCACAUUAAGUGCAACGGAGCGUUACUGUCACUGUCUGCUAUGGACAAUGUGUCUCUGCCUAGUCUCAAGAAGUUUUAUGUUUCUAAUGUGGUGUGCGAGAAUGAUGAUGCUCUUCCUCGCUUUCUUUCUGGCUAUCUGUCGCUCGAGGAGUUGAAUAUGGCAAUCCACUUUGGAUAUGAUUAUGUGGGCUGCAUAAAUAUAUCAUCACCCACUAUAAAGACGCUUAAGCUCAAUAUUGACCAUUUGUUUCGUCCAUCUAGCCUUGAAUAUAAAGAUAGGAUGAUAAUAAAUGCCCAGGCACUUAGGUAUCUUCAAGUGUAUGGCUAUGCUUUUGCUUUGGAGUGUAUAACAAUUCCUAUAACCAUGAUCUCCUUAGUUGAGGCGGAUAUCCGCUUGAAAAAAUAUUGGUUCAUACAUGUCAAAACAAAGGACAAUUCCAUGGAGAUGGAGGUGAAGUUUCUUCAUUCUCUGUGUUAUGUGAAGUGCCUAAAGAUAUCAUGUUGGGAAUUUGAGAAGUUUGUUCAUAGAGGAGUUGCUUGUUCAACUGUAAAGUUUGAUAAUUUAGCCAAACUUGAAGUUGAACUCCAGUUGAACUUCAAAUGGAGUUUGCUUGUAAAGUUCCUUGAAAUUGCUGACAAUCUUGAAGUCCUUAUUCUUUGUUCUGCUGCUACGCAGAGCACCCACACUAACCACGUUCCGCCUGUCCCACAUGCACGAAGACGACACGUGGUGCCUUUUGUCAGAAUUUGCAUGGAGAAAUCAAGACGAUCGAGUGGAAAGUGCCCAAAGCUUUCGGAUGGAGAGGAAAACAUGGCCUCAAUCGAUAGGCUCAGUAGCUUGCCGGACGUCGUCAUAUGCCACAUUCUCUCCUUCCUUCCGACAAAGCGCUCAGUGGCGACCAGCAUUCUCGGAAAAAGAUGGAGGUUCCUAUGGGCCCAUGUACCCUGUUUGCAUUUCAGUGGAGACAAUGUCAGGCAAAAAGGAAUACGAGCCUCGGACACCAUCAACAGGGUUAUAUUUCGGCACAAGGCAAAAAGACUAGAUACUUUAACACUCUGUGACCUCAACUGCAACGAAUAUCAACUGGAGACAUGGAUUACGACAGCCAUCGACCGUAGUAUCAGGAAUCUUUAUCUUAAACUUAAAUUCGAAACAUUCCCUCGAUCCUUAUUCAACUGCAAAACCAUUGUCAAGUUGAAGCUUGAAAACUACAGUGCGUCACUCUCUGCUGUGAAAAAUGUGUCUCUGCCUAGCCUCAAGAAGUUAUAUGUUCAUAAUCUUGUAUGCGAGAAUGAUGAUGCACUUCCUUGUUUUCUUUCCGGCUGUCCGUCGCUCAGGAUAUUGAAUAUGAUAUUCUUAGCUAAUUAUGAUUAUGUUGGCUGCAUAAAUAUAUCAUCCCCCACAAUAAUGAUGCUUCAGAUCGCUUUUAAAAAUUCGUUGCACUUUGAUUAUAGGAUGAUAAUAAAUUCCCCGGCCCUUAGGUAUCUCCAAGUGAAUGACUAUGACUUGGAGUGUAUAACAAUUCCUAUAACCAUGAUCUCCUUAGUUAAGGCGGAUAUCCGCUUGAAAAGUUAUCGGGCCUUACAUCUCAAAGCGAAUUACAAUUCCAUGGUGGUGAAGUUUCUUCAUUCUCUGUGUUAUGUAAAGUGUCUAAAGAUAUCAGGUCAGGUAUUUGAUAAGUGUUGCUCAAGUUUUAGUGGCAUUUGUACCUACAAUUGUUUCAGUAGCAGCUGCUCAUUUACUAGCAAACGAUCGCGUGGAAAGUUCCCAAAGCUUUCGGAUGGAAAGCAAAACAUGGCCUCAAUCGAUAGGCUCAGCAGCUUGCCGGACGUCGUCAUAUGCUACAUUCUGUCUUUCCUCCCGACAAAGUGCUCAGUUGCGACCAGCGUUCUCGGAAAAAGAUGGAGGUUUCUAUGGGCCCAUCUACCCUGUUUGGACUUCAGUGGAGACAAUUUCAGGAAAAAACGAACACAAGCCUCGGACAUCAUCAACAGGGUUAUAUUUUUGCACAAGGCAAAAAUAAUGGAUACUUUAACACUCGAUUGCAUCAAUUGCAACGAGUAUCAACUGGAGACAUGGAUUAUGAUCGCCAUCGACCGUAGUAUCCGGAAUCUUUAUCUUCAACUCGACUUAGAUACAUUCCCUCGGUCCCUCUUCAACUGCAAAACCAUUGUCAACUUGAAGCUUGAAAACAAAAGAGCGUCACUCUCUGCUGUGAAAAAUGUGUCUCUGCCUAGCCUCAAGAAGUUCUAUGUCCAUAAUCUUGUAUGUGAGAAUGAUGAUGCACUUCCUCGUUUUCUUUCCGGCUGUCCGUCGCUCGAGGAUUUGAAAAUGGGAUUCUUGUUUGAGGAAGAUGAAGAUUAUGAGGGCUGCAUAAAUAUAUCAUCGACCACGAUAAAGAUGCUUCAGAUCGAUUUUAACAAUUCGUAUCACUGGGAAUAUAGGGUGAUAAUAAAUGCCCCGGCCCUUAGGUAUCUCCGAGUGGAUGACUAUGACUUGGAAUGUAUAACAAUUCCUAUAUCCAUUAUCUCCUUAGUUGAUGCGGAUAUCUGCUUAAUAAACUAUUCGAUCUCAGAUCUCGAAACAAAUUGCAAUUCCGUGGCGAAGUUUCUUCAUUCUCUGUGUUAUGUAAGGUGCCUAACGAUAUCAGGUUGGGAAUUUGACGAGAGGAUUUCAUUGUUUGAGCGAGGAUCCGAUGCAUGUCAGCUUUACUUCCUUCCAGUGAGUAAUUGGCUUGAGAUG